AUGUUGCCUCACGAGAUCGAAACCCGUUGCCCCAUGUGUCGGACAUUUACCAUUUCAACCCUAGACCCGACCAGAGAAAGAGCCCUCCAGCGAUUAUAUCCCGUCUCCUACCAGGCACGUGAGGCCGAGUCCCAAACAGCCGAGGAAGAUGGUUCUGCCUCAACCAUUGAGACGCUAACCGUUCAUAUCGGAAACGAACAUACAGAAAUCAGGGCCGAGCAGGGGUCGAAUAACAAGCACCAUUGGAAGUUCUUUAUUCGACCCUCGAGAACUGACUUGAUUGAAGAGGUCCAAGUGUUUCUACAUCCUACUUUCAGAAAUCCAAUUGUCGUUCUUGAAUGGCCUCCAUACGAGAUCAGACGUCUUGGAUGGGGCUAUUUUACAAUUUACGCCAAUAUCAUCUUAAAGCCUGGUUACAGCUGGGUGAGCCCUGAGGCGGAAGGCACCCGAGACGGCGCGCCAAAGGGCAAAUUACCGCUAGAAUGGACAUUGGACUUCAAUGGCCGUGGUUCGCAAGCACGGAUCAGACUCAAAGUCAGAAAGGAGAAGGAAGGCCAAGAGGCGGAAUUAGACAUUCAAAGAGAACACGUACGCAGAUCUUACGCCCGACAACGAGAAGUAGAUCCUGAUUGGGAAGAAAGGUGA